GGUUUUACCUGGCCAGCCUGAGACGCAGAGCUGAUGGAGAGAGGCAAGGCUGAGUGCGGUGCCAGUCCGGAGCGCUGUUGAGCAGAGAGCGCAGAGCAGCCUCUGCUGACAGGGAGCGGUCUGCUGCUUUCUCUCAAGACCUGUGUGAAAUCUUAGUUUGUUUUAUACAAGUGAUUCGAGGGUUUUUCUGGAAAAAGAAAACAAAAACCGUCUUGGAUUUUUUUUUUUUUUUUGGUCUUUUGGCGACGGAAUUGGGAUGUAACCGGUUUCCACAUGUGUUUGGAAGUGGCGUGAGGUUGCGUCCAGACUGAGAAGAGCCAACUGCAGGGGCGUUGUGGUUAAUUGAAAUCGAUCCGGUGGUCUCUUUUUGAAUGUGAAGCAGCAGCAUAGGUUCUUUCUCCUCUCCUCUCCUCUCCUCUCCUCUCCCCCCUUUUUUCACCUCCAACAUGACUUCACUGUCGGGGACCAAGGAGAGGUCUGUGAGCAGCCGGAGCAGAAAAUAUGGGAUGCCUGACACUUCCCCUACCAAAUCUGCCUCCUUCUUCCCCGACACAUGGUACCGAAAGGCCUACGAGGAAACCACCCGCUCCAGCACACGCCCCGCCCCAGAGGGAGCAGGCUCAAUGCCAAGCUCCACAGGCACCCCGUCCCCAGGCUCAGGAAUCUCCUCACCAGGGUCAUUCUCUGGAUCCCCUGGGACCAUCUCUCCGGGGAUUGGGACAGAAUCUCCCGGUUCUCUGGGUGGCUCCCCAGGUUUUGGGACAGGAUCACCGGCCUCAGGCAGUGGAAGUUCCCCUGGUAGUGAAAGAGGGAUAUGGUGUGAGAACUGCAAUGCAAGACUGACAGAGCUGAAAAGACAAGCACUGAAACUGCUCAUCCCUGGACCUUACUCCAGCAAGGAUCCCUCCUUCUCUCUCCUUCUUCAUGAUAAGCUUCAGGUGCCCAACAGUUCUCGGCGGGCAUGGAAUGAACGUGACAGUCGAUGUGAUGUCUGCGCCACUCACCUCACUCAGCUCAAACAGGAAGCUGUGCGCAUGGUCCUCACUCUCGACCAGUGGGAUUUGUCUCCCACCUCUUCCCCUACGGCCCUGAUUGGACGAUAUGGAUCUCAAGGCCUUCCCAGUUCAAUGGGAGCAUCUGGAGCACCAGGAGGUCCUGGGUCACGGGAGUGGCCUCCUCCUUUUCUCCCUUCCUCCUCAUCUUCAGCUGCUGCUGCCGUUUUACAUCCUCCUCACCCGUCCUCCCAGUCGCCCUCACCAAGCCCCAGCCAGACCCCAACGCCCAGCCCGGGCCACGGACCAUCCAACCCCAGCCAUGGGAGUCCCUCGGUGGGGCAAACAUCCAGCUUUGCUACCACAAACCCACAACCUCAAGGCCUAGGGCACAGGCUGGGGUCCAAGCCCAGCUCCCUGGGGCUUGGAGGUGGGACGGACAGAAGGAAUGGGUCCCCAAGUUCAGCAAAAGCUGGUGCCCAACAGCAACCAGCGGCUGCAGUAAACAGCCCUGGCAAUAAUAGUGGUAACAGCAGUAAUAAUGGGAGUGGAGCAGUACUGAGCACAGCAGCUCUGCAGGCCCAUCAGCACCUGAACCGGACUAAUGGAGGAGUUACACUCUAUCCGUACCAGAGCUGCACAAAAAUUGAACUUAGCAUCCAAGAAGAAGAAGCAGAAAACCACUGCAGUCACAGCCCCAGUGACAUCAUCAUCACCGUCAUGUGACCCCCCUCUGUUCCCCACUAAUUUUAGCGCCGCCUUGUUGAUGGCCCCACCCCCGGCUCCGCCCUGCCUUCUCCGUGCAGCCAACAAAAUCAAGGAUACCCCUGGGCUUGGAAAGGUGAAAGUGAUGGUGCGUGUGUGCCCAGUGUCUCAGUCGGAUGCAGCUGAGUCCAGUUCCUUCCUGAAAGUGGAUCCCAGGAAGAAACAAAUCACCAUCAUGGACCCCUCAGCCAAUCAGACACCAAGCGCUGCCUCCCAGAAAAAAGCAGGAGCCAAUCAAGUCCCUCCAAAGAUGUUCACCUUUGAUGCUGCGUUCCCUCCUGAUGCAUCACAGGCGGAGGUGUGUGCGGGAACGGUUGCCGAGGUGAUUCAGUCGGUGGUGAAUGGAGCAGAUGGCUGUGUCUUCUGCUUUGGACACUCCAAGCUGGGUAAAUCCUACACAAUGAUUGGUCGCGAUGACUCUCUUCAGACUCUGGGUAUUAUCCCCUGUGCCAUCUCCUGGUUGUUUAAGCUCAUCAACGAGAGGAAGGAGAAAACAGGAGCCCGCUUCUCCGUUCGUGUCUCUGCAGUUGAGGUUUGGGGAAAAGAGGAGAAUCUUAAGGACUUGCUGUCUGAAGUAGCUACAGGCAGUUUACAGGAUGGACAGUCACCUGGAGUCUACCUGUGUGAGGACCCCAUCUGUGGCAUGCAGCUCCAAAACCAGUCUGAACUGCGUGCUCCAACCCCAGAGAAAGCAGCCUGGUUCCUCGAUGCAGCCAUAGCAGCUCGCCACAGUAGCCAAAGCCCCAACCCCACUGAAGAAGAACAUAGGAACUCACACAUGCUGUUUACAUUACACAUAUACCAGUAUCGCAUGGAAAAGACAGGCAAAGGAGGGAUGUCAGGAGGUCGCAGUCGCCUCCACCUGCUGGACCUUGGCAGCUGUGAUGUCAAAGUACUUGGAGGAGGAGGAGGAGGAGGAGGAGGUGGUGCAGGAGGUGCGGGAGGUGGUAAAAGCAGGGAUAACUCUUCACCCAGUUCGGCCCCUCUGUGCCUUUCUCUGUCUGCCCUCGGCAACGUGAUCCUGGCCCUGGUCAACGGGAGCAAGCACAUCCCAUACAAGGACAGCAAGCUGACCAUGUUGCUAAGGGAGUCGCUAGGCAACAUGAACUGCCGGACCACCAUGAUUGCUCACAUCUCUGCCUCACCCAGAGAUUUCUCAGAAACCCUUUCCACCAUCCAGAUUGCUUCCCGCGUCCUCCGCAUGAAAAAGAAGAAAACUAAAGUCACCGUGCAAUAUACCUCCAGCUCCUCUGGAGGAGAGAGCUCCUGUGAGGAGGGUCGCAUGCGUCGUCCGACCCACCUGCGACCUUUCCAUCACCGUGGUGACACUGACUCUGACCUCCCAUUGCUGCGACUGUCCAGUGACCCUGACGAAUACUCGAGCAGCGAGCAGUCAUGUGACACGGUGAUCUACGUGGGCCCAAACGGUGCUGCGGUGUCAGAUAGAGAGCUGACGGACAAUGAGGGACCACCAGAAUUUGUACCAAUUAUUCCGGCUUUGCUUCGAGGUAAAGUGUCAGAGCAGCAGCAAACACAAGGUCAGGCAGCUGGAGUCCAGAACAAGGUGCAGUCUCAGCCAGAGGACCAGCCCAGUGGGCCCGUUCAGUCCCUACCUCAGCCCUCUCAAUCACUACUUGGACAGCCAUUGGCCCCAGUCCCAGAGGAGGGAGCUGAGUGCCUGAAGUGCAACACCUUUGCUGAGCUGCAGGAGAGACUGGACUGCAUUGAUGGCAGCGAGGAGGUGGCAAAGUUCCCCUUUGAAGAGGUUCCAGCCAGCAAACAAGGUGCCAAACAAGAGCCAUGUCCAUCUUCAGCAGUCCCAACCUCAGCUCCUUCUGCUCCUGGCUCUGCUGCUAUGUUGGAUACAGAAACCAAAACAGGCUCUGCAUGUGCUGUAGGAGGUGCAGUGCAGUCCUUCUCCUCCUCAGCAGCAGCAGCAGCAGCAGCAACCUCCAGGAGGAGGACCAAUGACCAGCAGCUGCAGGAGAUCAGGGAAGUGGUGGAGGAGGCGGAGCUGGCCCAGACAAUGAUCCACAAUCUAGCUCAGAGUUCUGGUUCGCCCAUAGUUACAAGUGCCAGGAGUGUUACAGGAAGUAGCAGCAUCACCUCUAACCCCCUGCACAGGGCCAAGAGCUCCCACCUGAAUGACAGCCGCGAGAGUCUGAAUGCGGGCAACACUGACGGGAAGGCACGCCCACUAGGAUCACCACGCCUUGGCAUUGCCAGCCUGACCAAAACCUCAGACUACAGGCCUCCGUCCUCUCCCUCCCAGCGGUGUAAAGUCUACACACAGAAGGGCGUGAUGCCAGCAACACCCCCUCUGUCCUCACACACUCUGGCUCAAGACGGCCAGGCCACAGAAGCUUUGACCUCAGACAACAGUUUGGCUGCAGACAGCGGCCGCUCCUCCACAGAGUCCCUGCUGUCCAGGACUUCUCCGGUGGGCAUGAGCCCACAAGUCAGAGAGCCAACUCCGUCUCUGUCUGCCAGCCUGGGCUCAGCUGAGACUCUCUGUGACGACGAUGUCCCCCCGAUACCAUUGGACACGCACAGGGAUGGACCAGCAGUAUCUGUCGGAACAGUCAGUCCUCACUCACUUGGGGAGGAUGAACUGGUAUACACUGUGGCUUCUGGAGGUGUGGAGAACCUUGAUCUUACAGCUCUCAUGGAAACUCAGGGCCUGACCUGUCGUCCAACAAGCAUCAUCAGCUUCAACAGUGACCACUGCUCUGUCACAGCCUUAACCUCGAGCUCUCAAGCUGUCAGCAUCAUCAGUGGUAUUGCUGAGGAUGGAACUGUGGGGGAUUAUCACAUGCAUGCAGGCCCUGCAACAAGCUCAGGGGUUACAGAAGUUGUUGCCAUAGCAGAGGUGGCCAUGGCCAAGCUGCGGAUGGAAGGUGAAGCCUUAGCCACAGUGAUGUCAAACUGUGGUUCACCCAUCUCCUCUUGGAUGAGUGAUCUGAGUGUGGGCAGUGAAGCUGACCAGUCUCUCCACAGCUUCAGUCAGUCCCAGAGCCAGCAAGGGGAGGCCCUGGCUGAACCUGAACCUAACCAGAGCCUUCCCUUUGGAGUGGAGGGGUUGGAUGGUUAUGAAAGCUGUGGUAGCCCGAGAAGAGGGAGUCUGGAAGGGGAGGUGGUGCUGUCUGUAAACAAGAGCGACAAGGGAACUCCAACCAAAGACAGGCUGAGGAAACUGCCUCCCUCCAUGGCUAAAACUAACAUUCAAAUCCUGGCAGGACCUGGUAACUUCUCUCCCUUCAAGACCACCAUCAGUGUGCACCCAUGUGUGGCUGUCAAACCCAUGGUUUUACAGGAACCAACCAUCCUCUCUUCACCUACCAAGACCAGCUUCAUGAAAGACCCUGGCAAGUUUAAUGCACCACUUUUAGCUUCUAUUUCCAGUGAGAUGAACUUUGAGGACCCCUGGUUGAAGCGCGGCAUGGAGGAGGGGAGGUCCAGGGAGCUUGUGUGUGAAGUGAAGCCAGGGAAGAGGGAGGUGGAGCAUUCAAAGAGCCAGGCUGGAGCUGGGACUGGGGACCACCAGAGCUUCUGCCAGGAUGGUGGAGAUCAUGGCAGCUCUAGUUCAGGUGGUGAGGUUGUGUCAUCUCCAGAUUCCUUUAAGAGAGUGGUGGAUGGCUGUGAGAUGGUUGCUGUUGUUGCCCAGGGAGAAUACCUGACUAGUAUGUACAGCCCAGAUAUCCACCGCACUGCCAGUCUUCCCCGUGGCUGGCACCGUCUCAACCGUCACGAUGGCUUAGACAAUGGAGUUGAGUAUCGUAAUCUUGGCGUCACCACUUCAACUCCCUGCAGCCCCCGCGCCACACUUGACCGCCGAGGAUCAACUGGAAAACAGGGCAUUUUCUCCCACAAGAAGGGGGGAAUACCACCUCUGCCACCAGUACGGAAGUCCAGCCUCGACCAGCGGAACAGGGCAGCCAGCCCUCUCCACCAGCUCAACCACGGAGUCUCAUUACUGGGCAGCUCAACAGAUGAUGCAGGGAUAUCUGGAUGUGGCCCUGCAGGUGUCAGCAGACAACGAGGCUCCAGCAUAGACAGCAGCAGACUUUUCAGUGCCAAGUUGGAACAGCUUGCAAACAGAACCAACUCUCUGGGUCGGGUCCACACCUCCCACAGUGGUUCCCACCACUACGACUGCUUCUCUCUAGAGAGGGGUGGCAGCCUGAGAGGGGGAGGAGGAGUGAGGGGGGACAGCACCAUGCCUCGUACUGGGCGCAGCCUUACCCGUGCUGGAUCAGUAUCUUCUCCUACAGGAAACAACAGCAGCCCCAGUUUCAACACCAGUCCCGGGCCAAGCAGUGCUCCACAGUCACCAGCCAAAAUCAGCGGCCAGUCAAAGAUCUCAGCAGUUAGUAAGCUGCUGAUGACCAGCAGUCCCAAGACCAGGAGUCUGUCUGCGUCAAGCACCAAAACUCUGAGCUUCUCCAACAAGUCUUUAAGCCAAGCUUCCAGUCGCAGCUCCAGCCUUCCUCCUAAUGGAAAGCCCCAGAGUUCAGUCCAGGGCCCUCUGCAGCAGCAAGGACCUUCCCCUGUAACCUGGUCUACCCAGUCUUUGAGCCGCAGUCGAGGGGGAAGCCUGGCUGCCAAGCUGCCUCUCCGGGCUGUCAACGGUCGAAUCUCAGAGCUCCUCCAGGGAAGUGCAGGCUCCCGUACUAGGAGUCAUUCCCAGGGAGGAGGCACAGAUCUAGCAGAGGAAAGAGGAGUUGGAGGGGCAAGUGGAGGAGGAGCUGGAGCAGGAGGUGGUGGUGGAGGUGCCCUGGGAGAGGAGAAGGCAGCAGUGGUCCAAACUCUCCCCUCUCCCUACAGCAAGAUCACGGCUCCUAGAAAACCACACCGCUGCAGCAGCGGCCAUGCAAGUGAUAACAGCAGUGUACUGAGUGGUGAGCUUCCCCCGGCCAUGGGGAAGACCGCCUUGUUUUACCACAGUGGAGGCAGCAGUGGCUAUGAGAGCAUGCUGAGAGACAGCAGCGAGAACACCGGAAGUACCUCGUCUGCUCAGGACUCUCUCAGUGAGCAUAGUUCAGCCACCACCUCCUCCAGACGGAGCUCCAAGAGCAGCAAGAAGAGCAGGAGCAACACAGGCCUCCAGCGUCGUCGUCUGAUCCCAGCACUGACCUUGGACUCUUCCACCUCCUCCCCUUCUCACCGCUCCUCCAAACAGGCCGUCACUUCCUCUUCUUCCUCUUCCUCCAGCCCAGGUGCAUGCUGGGUAGAUGGCCCAUUAGGGCCCCCAGCUCCCUCAAACCUCCGGGCAGUGACUGCAACAACAGACACCUUUGAGAUCAAAGUGUACGAGAUAGAUGACGUCGAGCGGCUGCAGAAGAGGAGAGACAAAGGAGGGAGCAAGGAGGUGGUGUAUGUCAGUGCCAAGCUCCGCCUGUUGGAGCACCGUCAGCAGAGAAUUAGUGAAGUCAGAGCCAAGUACCAGUGUCUGAAGAAGGAGCUGGAACAAACCAAACAGUACCUGAUGCUGGAGCCACACAAAUGGACCACCGAGUUUGAGCUACAGCAGGCCUACGAAGUGGACUCUCUGGAGUAUUUGGAAGCUCUGGAGACUGUGACAGACAAACUGGAGACCAGAGUCAACUUCUGCAAAGCCCACCUCAUGAUGAUCACCUGCUUCGAUGUGUCCUCAAGACACCGGUAGACAGAUGGAGGGACGGAGGGCUGGAGGACGGAGAGGCAGACACACAGCUGGACACAAUUAGAUGUCAACAUUUUGACUUUUUGCCCCCUGAUUAAUCAAAGACCUUUAGAAAGUAUCUCCUAAACUAAUACAUCUCAUUGGAUGGAUGGAUAGUUGGGAGACAGGGAUGGACUGACUUGAUCCUGCAUGUCAUCCUCAUGUCUCCUCCAAAUGUAAGUAGGCAGAAGGACAGAUGGAUGCAGAGAUGAAGGGAUAAAAGGAAUGGAGAUAUAUACAGAUAUCUAACAAGCCGAGUCCGUAUGAUGAGUCCGUAGUUGUUGUUUUUUCUUGGGGGCUUGGACACAAACUCAGAAGGAGACAUAAAUCCGCAUCUAAUGGAUGGGCUUUGAAUCAGAUAAAUAUGGCUGCCUAAAGGGGCAGACAGACGGUUCUAAGUCUGAAAAGAAACAUCAAACAUACCACACAGUUUCCAGAGAAGUGAAUAAUUGGACUGCUGAGACACCUCUGAGACUGAGUCGAACAUUUAGGAAUGUAUGCAGAAGAAAGGAGUGGAGAGAGAGGAACACAAACUGCCAUUUUUUAAACAAAAAGGAUAAAGAAAAAGUGUAGGAGAGGAGAAGAACGAUUUCCCAUCUCCCAUCGUUUUAGGAGAGCACUUUUUAGAGUUUACGAAGUCGAGAGCUGUUGGCAGAGUGCUCACUACAGAAUGGCUUGGUAUUGUUGUUCAGUUAAUAAAAGAGACUAACCAAGAGAAAGACAGGAGGACAAAGAUAAAUGAUUUAGAUAAGUGCCUUGUGAACAUUUCAACAAUACCAAGACCGAUUCUCUUUCUCUCUGAAUUUGUGUACUUGCAGUAAGUAUGGUGCUAGCAUAGAAAUGAAAAAAAAAAAAACACAAAAGAUCAGUGUCCUUGGAAAAUCUUUGAAUUUAUAGCCAUUUCUAAAUGUGAUGUUUUACUGUGGGUCAAUGUUUCACUAUAUCAUAAACACCUAAUACUGUAUGUUUGAAUGGUCUUUGGUACAGUGAGGAGAGAAGAGAUUUUUAACUGGAUCCCUAACUAAAAAUGUUAAAGAAGACCUACGGAACAUGGAGACUAACACCAAGUUCCUCUUAAAAAAACAAACGAUUGCAAGGACCAAAAGUCGAAUUUGAAAAACACACCUGAUUUUUCCAGGACACAGAGUUAUGUGUGUUUAAAACAAAGAAAAAAGCACUAACUCUAGUUUUUUGUGGUGGUUGUUUUUACCUUGACUUCACUCACAUACAGAGCACAUCUGAAUUUUGACCCUCUGAGGCAUACGUACAUUUCCCCUGAUACAGAUGUGAUGGCUUUUUCAUGUUCACAAAGCAAUGAAACGUCUGAGUCGCACAAGAGUGGAAAAUUUUUCUCUGAUCCAGUGUGAAGUACAUCCAUCGAUUGACUUGACUGACUGUCAUACUGACUGACAGUUAUUCUGUCUGUUAUUUGUAUCUGUGUUGUUCUGCUCUAUUCUAAAAGAAACUGAAUGAUUUGUCAAUGUGUGUGUUUUAUAAUAAGGUAUCCUUUUUUAUUUGAAUGCAAUGGGACCACGCAGAGACUAUGUAUGAUAGUAGGAUCAUGGAAAUAGAUUAAAGAGAUAUUUAAGAGUAAACUGUAAGGAGGACACAGGUACAAGAUAAGCUCAUUGAUAUACAGUGUUAAAGGCCUGUAUGAUUGGCACAAAGUAGUGAAUUUAGACUGGAAAUACUUAUUUGGGACUUCAAUUAUGGUUACAAAUGGGCUACUUACAGUAAAUUGUUCCAGUAUGGUCUUUUACUGAAAGGACACAGACGUUAUAAAGGAACAACUAAAAUAUAUAUAUUUAAAGGAAUGAAAGAGAACUAAAGAAAGAAAAGGAUGAUGACCAAAUUAAGGGGAAAAGAUCUCUUCCUGGUUCCAUUUUUUUUGGAUGGAUAGCAACACUUAUGAUUUGUUAAUAUUAUUAUCUAUGGUGCUUGAGAUGUUUAUGAUCUAAAUGUUUGUACAAAUAUAAAUAUAUGAAAAAGCCUGUUUCCCUCUGACAUUCAGAACAAUACCCUUCGAAUGCUUCUUCUAUAUUGCCGUCAUCACGUCUGUCACCACCCUCUCCCCUGAAUGCCUUUUCCGCAGCAAGCAGAGAGCAUUCUGGGAGAUCCUGUUAGUUGUCCUAGAGGUAAAAUGAGGAACAGACACCAACUGUAAUGAUAUUGGUGUGAUUUGUCAAAAGCAUCGUAGUGCUAAAUUUAUCUUUAUCCUAACAGAGCAAACUCAGUUCUUAUCUUUUCCACUGGAGUGACAGCAGGAAAUAAGCAGGAAAUAACUUUAAAUGUUUUAAACGUCUCCUGGCUGACUGUAAAGAGGUGACAGUCAUUCAUUGUGUGUGGCGUACACCUGCAGUGUCAGCCACGGGAAAUUACCCCUGAAACUAAGAUGCUUUUGACAGACUGGACCAAUGAAGCAUUUUCAUAGGAGGCAGACAAAGUAGCCGUGUGACAUCGCUGAUCGUUUAAGUUCACCGUGCCAGUCAUGAAUGAAGGUUUAUUUAUUUGAGCUCAGGAGAGCAGAGUCGCUUAUUUUUAUGUUCUUAUUUAUUUACACCUUCUGAUCUUAAAAGUUACUAUGCAUUUAAGAAAAAGAAAAAAAUAACUGUACAUAUUUUGCUGAGCCCAUGUCAUAUAUAAAUAUAUAUACUGUACACAUAUCAUAUAUACGCUCAUUUUUAUUUUAUAUAUUUUCUGUUUCUAUUUCAUUUGCUCCUGUUGUUCGUGUUAGAGAUUGUAAUGGGUUUGGGUUUCCUAAAACAUUCACAUCCAGGGUGGUUGAUGUGGUUCAAGGAAUUUCAGUCAAUUGAAUACAGACCAGACUCUUUUUUUUUUUUUUUACAUGUGAUGAGGAAAACAGUUGAGUAUGGAGACAACAGUGUUGUUCAGUAAAAUACCAGUAUAUUCGACAGUAUUAAAACACAACCAUGUGUAAUUAGCAGUGGAUGUUUUGGGAACCCCAACCUCCGAAUGAGCUAAAUGGCCUGUACUUGUUUCCAGAUUUCAGAUGCUAUGUGUGUCACUGCCAAAUCUACUGUGGUAGCGCUUUAUAAUUCUAGCAAUAAUUGUGACAAACACUCAAGGUUUUGGUGGCCCCAUAUUGUUUAAAAUAGUACAUGUAAACUUUUCAGGAAUUAGCAAGCAUGCUCAAAGGGAUGCACUCACUCACGUCUGGUGCUUUAAAUAAAAUUACUCACCGUUGUAUCAGGUAGGAGGGCAAAAAAAACACAGUCUAAUGAACAAAUUGACGUAUGUGCUGUUACGUGUUUUUAGAAUUAUAAUGUGUUACCUGGAAAUCUGACACGUAGCAUCUUUAAGUUCUUAAGGAGUAUUGUGUGCUAAAGUUGGUCAGACCACAUUUUCCAAAAGCAGAUUAUAUCAGUUGUAGUAAGACAACUUCUGAUCAGUUGUAAGACAGUGGUUGCAAAAUCUCUACAUUACUGAUUAAAACCAGUUUGAAUGUGUCAGAGUGCCAAUCUGUUAAGUAAAAGAAUUAGUUAACCAGGGUUACGACAAGUCAUCAGUGCAAACCAGAGAAGUGUGAGAGUUUCACUGUGUGUGUGUCGUCUCCAUGAUUCAAGACUGCAAUCACGACGUCCUCUGCAGAUUUACUGUUUUGGAGAAAUGUGGUCCGACACAUGGUGUUGAUGGAAGAGCAAGAUGGAGGGAUGUAAAUAAAGAAAUGUAUUGAAAGAGUUUCACAUCUGAUUUUUCAUUUUUUGAAUGCAAAAUAGUCAACAAAGCACCAGCCAGACAGC